AUGGCACCCCAACCCACACACCGCCUGGCGCGUCCCUACGGCGCUUGUACACACGUCACAAUGGUUCGAGUGUACAGCUACAUCCUCAGAUGCGAUUCUUGUGGUAACUACGGUCACUUCGGAUGGUUGUACCGGUGUAGCCAAGACCAGGAGGAAAUAUUGCGCAACUCCAUCUCAAAUGGCGAAGAGGUCACCUUUGACGAUAUCGGUAAGCAGUUGGUCACUGCUGUUCAGCCAAGGAACCGCGGUCCAGAGAAACGAUCAGGGAACGCCGCCAGCUUUCUCGAGGAGAUGCCCCCGAGGGAUAUUACGACCACCUACACGACCGACCAGCUCAUGACCAUCUUCAACCAACGGAAACACCUCGGAGACGUUCUUCGUCGAGAAUCAUUUCGAAUGAAGCCGGCACCUACCCAAGGCCACGAUGGCACGCAUUCGUCCAGCACCUACGACUUGGACGACAUUCUAGAGACCAACAUAUCCGCUCCUUGGGUUCCCAAGUCGAAAGACGAGUGCCAAUACAAGAUCUGCUCCUAUUGUCGCCCCGGCGGAGCAGACCGAGCGUAUAUUAGUCUGGAUGGUAUCGCUAAGGGCAACAUUCCCGCUACCGCUGCUACCGGAUACGGCUUCCACCUCUUUCGCGAGAGACCUGUGUGCAACUCUCAACUGCUUGCCAACAUCGGUCUUCGAUCAUCUUCAGGGGCAAUAGAUACAAGCAGAUACAUCAGCGAUGCUCAGCUAGCGAGCCACUUGGCCUCACAGCUUAACAUAACCGGCGCGUCGACACUCGAACCGAGACCAACGACCCCUUACUCCCUUCUCCUCCCCCACGGCCACCUGCCUCGAUCCCCGGGGACCCCGAACCUCGCCACCCAAGUCGAGAAGCCCCUCGAGCCCAAUGAAGACGACUCUUCGUGGCAGGAUACCACGGCUUCAACCAUGAGCCUUGCGGCCGGCGUCAGUGGCCAUAUCGGCGACGCCGCCACGGAGAUGGAGGAACAAGAGGAGGAGCAGGGGAGUUUCCUCGCCCAGCCCCUCACCGUCGCGAACGGUGUGGCCGUCUUGGAACAGAGCGUCGAGAUGCAUGAGCCUGACUUGGUCACCCAGGUUUAAGAGAGGCAUGGCGAAAGGAGUAGCGGCGCUGUGGCCAGUGGCGUUGGUUCAUGAAGGCGUUGGAUUGCACAAAAG